CCGGGGCCGCGGCCAGCCGGGCGCUGCAGCAGUGCGGGCAGCUUCAGAAGCUCAUCGACAUCUCCAUCGGCAGCCUGCGAGGGCUGCGCACCAAGUGUGCGGUGUGCAACGACCUUACCCAGCAGGAGAUCCGGACCCUGGAGGCCAAGCUGGUCCGGUACAUCUGCAAGCAGCGGCAGUGCAAGCUGAGUGUGGCUCCUGAGGACAGGUCCCCAGAGCUCAACAGCUACCCCCGCUUCAGUGACUGGCUGUAUACCUUCAACGUGAGGCCGGAGGUUGUGCAGGAGAUCCUCCACGAGCUCACGCUCGAUGUGCUGCUGGAGAUGAACGAGGCCAAGGUAAAGGAGACGCUCCGACGUUGCGGGGCCAGCGCCGAGGAGUGCAGCCGCCUGCAGUAUGCCCUCACCUGCUUGCGGAAGGUGACAGGCCUGGGAGGUGAGCACAGAGAAGACUCAGGCUGGAGCUCAGUGGAUGCUCGGCGGGAAAGUGGCUCAGGGCCUUCCUCGGAUACCUUCUCAGCAUCUGGCCUGCCCUGGCCCCUGGGGAGCUCCCAGCUGGGCAGAAUGGGCAGCAGUGCCCAGGGCCCCCGCUCUGUCUCUGUGUCGACGCUGCCUGCCUCGGACUUCCUAAACCCUGGCCUCACCGAGGGCCUCUCAGAUACCUGCCUCCCCUUGCACACCAGUGGCCGACUGACCCCCCGUGCCCUGCAUAACUUCAUUACCCCCCCUACUACACCCCAGCUUCGACGGCACACCAAGCCGAAGCUUCCGCGGACACCGCCCCCACCCAGCCGCAAAGUCUUCCAGCUGCUUCCCAGCUUCCCCACGCUUACCCGGAGCAAGUCCCACGAGUCUCAGCUGGGAAACCGCAUCGAUGAGGUCUCGCCAAUGAGGUUUGAUCCCCCGCACGGAUCCCCACAGAUGGUACGAAGGGACAUCGGGCUGUCGGUGACACACAGGUUCUCCACCAAGUCCUGGCUGUCUCAGGUCUGCCAUGUGUGCCAGAAGAGCAUGAUGUUUGGAGUGAAGUGCAAGCAUUGCAGGUUGAAAUGCCAUAACAAGUGCACAAAAGAAGCUCCCGCCUGCAGAAUAUCCUUCCUGCCACUACCUAGACUUCGGAGGACAGAAUCCGUCCCUUCAGACAUCAACAAUCCAGUGGACAGAGCAGCCGAACCCCAUUUUGGAACCCUCCCCAAAGCACUGACAAAGAAGGAGCACCCUCCAGCCAUGAACCACCUGGACUCCAGCAGCAACCCGUCCUCCACCACAUCCUCCACGCCCUCCUCGCCCGCGCCCUUCCCUGCAUCGUCCAACCCUCCCAGCGCCACCACGCCCCCCAACCCCUCACCCGGCCAGAGGGACAGCAAGUUCAACUUCCCAGCUACCUACUUCAUUCAUCACAGACAGCAGUUUAUCUUUCCAGACAUUUCGGCAUUUCAGCAGGCAGCCCCCGAUGCGGCAGACAGUACCCGGCUUGAUGACCAGACACAAGCAGACGUGUUGGAGGAUCAUGAAGUGGAGGCCGAGGAGCCGGAGGCUGGCAAGUCGGAGGUAGAAGACGACGAGGACGAGGUUGACGACUUGCCGAGCUCCCGCCGGCCCUGGCGGGGUCCCAUCUCCCGCAAGGCCAGCCAGACCAGCGUGUACCUGCAGGAGUGGGACAUCCCCUUUGAGCAGGUGGAGCUGGGCGAGCCCAUCGGGCAGGGCCGCUGGGGUCGCGUGCACCGUGGCCGCUGGCAUGGUGAGGUGGCCAUCCGCCUGCUGGAGAUGGACGGCCACAACCAGGACCACCUGAAGCUGUUCAAGAAAGAGGUGAUGAACUACCGGCAGACACGGCACGAGAACGUGGUGCUCUUCAUGGGCGCCUGCAUGAACCCCCCCCACCUGGCCAUCAUCACCAGCUUCUGCAAGGGGCGGACGUUGCACUCGUUCGUGAGGGACCCCAAGAUAUCUCUGGACAUCAACAAGACCAGGCAGAUCGCUCAGGAGAUCAUCAAGGGCAUGGGUUAUCUACAUGCCAAGGGCAUCGUGCACAAAGACCUUAAAUCCAAGAAUGUCUUCUAUGACAACGGCAAAGUGGUCAUCACAGACUUUGGCCUGUUCGGGAUGUCGGGUGUGGUCCGAGAGGGACGGCGUGAGAAUCAGCUGAAGCUGUCCCAUGACUGGCUGUGCUACCUGGCCCCUGAGAUCGUGCGUGAGAUGACCCCCGGGAAGGACGAGGAUCAGCUACCGUUCUCCAAGGCUGCUGACGUCUAUGCGUUUGGGACUGUUUGGUAUGAGCUGCAAGCAAGAGAUUGGCCCUUUAAGAACCAAGCUGCAGAGGCUUUGAUCUGGCAGAUUGGAAGUGGAGAGGGAAUGAAGCGUGUUCUGGCCUCCGCCAGCCUGGGGAAGGAAGUCACCGAGAUCCUGUCUGCCUGCUGGGCUUUCGACCUGCAGGAGAGGCCUAGCUUCACCUUGCUGAUGGACAUGCUGGAGAAACUGCCCAAGCUGAACCGGCGACUCUCCCACCCUGGGCACUUUUGGAAGUCUGCGGACAUUAGCAGCAGCAAAGUUGUACCCCGGUUUGAAAGGUUUGGCUUGGGCGUCCUGGAGUCCAGUAACCCAAAGAUGUAACCGGCCAUGUGGUUUUUCUGCUGAUUUCUUUCGUAAAUGUAUUUCUAAAGUACCCAAACCACCACCAAGACAAAGAAAACACUUUGAAACUUCAGCCACGAUCCUAAGCGCUACAAACCAGGAAUAAAAGACCUAAAUUCAGACUAUCCCAUGAAAACGUGGGUCUGGGAGCUCGAGCCGUGCCUGCUGUUUCUUAAAAUGUCACCACAACCAACCUUCCGUCCCCAAAGACAGAGAAUGUUUACAUGUAUGUGUCUGCGGAGUGAACUUGAUGUUUUACAAUAGGUAAUAAUAAAAGCAGUCAUGUCGAGCGGGAUGGUGAAGUGGCCGUCCCCCUCCCCCUCAGCGGACCCUGCAGGUGGUGAGGCCCACGCUGGGCCAGAAGGAAGAAAAGCAUCGUGAUGUGGCUGUUCUCACAUCAGCCAGGAGGACCUCGAGCCUGGCCUGGCCCGGCCCCUGCUUUGGCCCUAAAACCCAUCAGUGGAGAUCUCCUAUGUUCUGUCAAAGGACACUUGCCUUCCUCCUCUGGUGGAGAAAACCCAGCUAGGACCUGAGUUGGAUUAGGGGGGCUUGGGUUCCCAGAGAGCUUUGGUUCACCUCUGAACCCCAUAAACCAGCCAACAAGGAAGGUGGAGACAGAAUCCUCACCUGACUUCCCACUACUUGUAUAGAAAUUGUUUCAUGAAACCCCCAGGAAGGCACCAAGGAGAUGGAACCUUGGUUUUUCAGACACAUCCAAGGCCCUGACAUUUGGCCCCAGGACUAAGGCCCAGCUGCUGCUUAUACCUUGAAGGCUUGAUGAGAUCAAGGAAGUUAAGGGAGGGAGAAGUAGGGACUCUGGGUCUCUGAGCUCCCCACCUUCCCAGUCCCAGGGUGACCUGCCCGUCGGAGCCCACCAUCAGUGGGCAGAGGUUCCAGAAGUGUCCACCUUCUCCGCUCCCCCUUUGCAAGGCCUCCACUGCCCAGGUUGGAGACAUGAGCGAAGAUGGGAGCCACAUGCCCCCAACCUUUUCAUUUAGGUCUACCGAGCAGGCCCUCCGAUCUUCAGAGCCUUCCCAAGCUCUUCUGUGUCCCCUGGAACUGGAGGAGGGGCUGGGUUUGGGCCAGGCGUGUGUGUGAGCACCCGGCCUGUGCAGAAGCUGCCACUUAAAGAGAAAAGUGCCAGAUGCCACAGAAAUCCGCAAGUGGACAUCAUAUUGGGCUCUAGAACUGGGAGGAAAGAAGUGCCGAGUGGGGAUGAGGGUGGGUUCACACUCAGCCCAGUGGCUGUGCUUUGAGCUAAGGUAGGGGCUGGGGAGGGGUGCAGGCGACCCCCAGCAAAGUUCCCCACCCGAGGAGCCUCCUGAGUGUAGUCAGAGCAUCAUCGAAAACGGGCCAGUGCCUCCGGCUGUGAGGCUGCCGUCCUCUCCCAGGGCCCCUUUAGACAACCCUGUCCCAGAGGACAGCUGUGCGGGAUGCCAGCCGCCUGGCUUCCUGUGAGACCUGCCCCUACCUGGUCAGGAUGUGGGGAGGAAGCCUGAGGAGCUGCGACCAGUGGGCCAGCUCUGUGGGGCUCUGCUGGGAGACCGUUCCAGUCACCCCCUCUUCGUGACCUCCCCCAGCCAAAGCCGUCUGGUGUGUGACCACCUCCUCUGGUUAAGCUAAGUCGGGAUCCUGCACCCCACUCGCCCCUUCUCAGAGGUCACAGUUUGUAUCCAUGUUUCCAUGGACACGCCGGUGAGCCUGGGGGGGUUGGACAGCAGCCAAGCAAGGGGAACUCAACCCUGCCCAGCCCAGGCUACUAACAGCCCACAGAAAAUCACCCGCGUUUUGUUUCCCAUGAAUGUCACUCCUGGUGAGUUCAGGUUUCCUUGGGCACCGGUGGUGUCCUGUGUUCGUGCUGAGGGCCUUGAGGGUGGAGCUGAGGGCCUGGGAGACAGCCCAUUCUCUAAGGCUCUGGGUCUCUGCACCGCCUGCCACUGGAGAGAGACCCCUGGGGAAAGUGUCCCCACAUGGUCCCCUGCUCCCUCUAUUUAAGUGACUGUGAAUUGAGGGUAGGGGGCAAGCAUGCCCUUGCGUGUGCUCUCCCCGGCUGCCUUGGAAACACAUGAAGGACGGCAGAUACUGUGAAUUUAGCCCCCAUGGCCAACUGUGAAGUGGAUGUGGAAGGCUGGGGGGGGGGCUCCUUGAUGAGCACUCUGGGGGCUGCAGAGACCCCCUCACCUCUGAGAAUAGAGCCCAGGCUUUGGCUCCUGACAGCCCCAACCUCUAAAGCCCUCUAUGUCCCUGCUGCCUUUAACUCCAGAGCCACAGCCCAAGUUUCCCUCCAACUCUAGGUUAUUCGUUGACCUCUGGUAUCACCAAACCCAAGAUGCUUGUGGGGCCCUGGGUCCCUCUGCUCCCUCGAGGGGUUUCUUGUGAUCACAGAAGGGAGGGGCAUGCCCUGUGAGCCUGCGUGGGCUGUGCCGGUGGGAUCGGGGGCUGUGCAGAGGCAUAAAUGUGAAGUGGACUAGGAGCUUGCUCAGCCAGGAUUUCCAUCUGUGUACAAAUCCGGCGUCUUCUGUAGCCACAAGGCACACACUUGCUUUUUUGAAUGUGAUGUAAAGUUUGUACAGUAAAAGUUUUUAUAUUUUCUAUCAACUGCAUUUGUCUUCCAGAAAAUGCUAUUAAUUUAAA